GCCACAGCUACAAUGGAAGUCUCCAUCGAUUCUCAGAUACUAGACGAGCUGAACACAAAGGAGAGCAGAGAGCUACAUGAAACUAUUAACAGUCUGCGAGCAUAUGGCGUCGACAGAAUCGUCAAUCUACCGCAGAUCAUCGUCGUCGGCGAUCAAUCUUCUGGCAAGUCAUCUGUCCUUGAGGCACUUUGCCAUGUCCGCUUCCCCGUCAAGGAUGGCCUCUGUACGCGGUUUGCCACGGAGUUGGUUCUUCAACCAGCUGCGGCGACGAAUGUAAAGGCUACUGUCCGAUAUUUCGACCAAACUAAAGCACCUCUAGUCAUCGACACCUCUGGGUUCGACGAGAACGACCUGCCAAAGAUUAUAGAGGAGGCCAAGAAACACAUGGGCGUCGCCAUUACAGACAAGGGAUUCACGCGAGAUGUUCUCCGCCUCGAGAUUCAAGGUCCUAAAAUGUACCCCUUGACAGUGAUUGACCUACCCGGAUUUUUCUACGUCGACACUGAGACGCAAUCUCUGGCUGGAAAGAGUGUUGUCGAUCAGCUUGUUCUGGAUUAUAUGUCAAAGAAGGAGAGCAUCAUUCUCAAUGUCAUUGCGGGCAAUCAGCCACUAGCAAACCAAGACGCCCUUUCCAAAGUGAAGGCUAUCGAUCCAUCACGCGACAGGACAAUUGGCGUCAUCACCAAGCCCGACUUGAUGGUGGCGAGAUCUGAAUCAGAGGCUGAGUACGCGAAGCUCGUUACGGAGAACGAAGGCGCCAACAAGUUGCGUCUAGGGUGGCAUGUACUACGCAAUAGUGCCGACGUGAAGGCUGAUCUUGAUGAUCGCCACGCUGCUGAGCUAGAUUUCUUCAAAACCGGGGUCUGGGAAACGGUUCCCCAAUCCAGCCUUGGCAUUUCCAAUCUCAGGAAGAAGCUUAGCAGAGUUCUGCAUGACCAUAUCAGGAAGAGUCUCCCCGAGGUUAUUAUCAACAUCGAGAAGAACCUCAAGGAAAGGCGAACUGAACUAGGUAAAUUGGGGCCACCUAGAUCAGACACUGAUGAGAGGCGGUCAUUUUUGAUCAACAUCGCUAGCCAGUUCCAGUCUCUUGCUAAGGAUGGUGUUGAUGGUCGAUAUGAUGACCCGUUCUUUGGUGACCUGAAGCAGGAGAACCAUAAAUUCAGGGCUCAGUUGCGAAACUUCAACCGCGCUUUUCAGCAUAUACUCUGGACCAAAGGUUCAUCGAAACUGAUUCAUGCCGAUGGCCAACCUAUGAGAUCAACAGAGGAACCUCCUGAGCACCUCCGGAGGUUCUUGCAGACGUAUCCUUAUGAUUUCCCCGACCCAAUCGCCACGACAGAGUCAGCUGUCCACCUUGAUCUGCAACGACAGGCUUCUAUCAAUCAAGGCAAAGAGUUUCCCGGGCACUCGAACAAAGACCUGGCAAUUAAAUUAUUCCAAGAGCAAGCCAAACCUUGGGAUGAGAUAUCUCGCUUCCAUGUCAAGCAAGUUACCUUUGUUGCAAAGGCUUUCGUUGACGCUAUAUUUGAGCACAUCUUGGGAUCUGUAGACACGAAUAGGACGACAGAGGCUAUCCUAUCGACCUGUGUGGAUCCAUGGUUCUCUGACCAGGAGAAGAUCUUGCAGGAAAAACUGGACGAGUUGCUUCAGCCCUAUAACGACGGCUACACUGUUGCUCUGGAUGCUGAGUUUCACGCUGCUCUCUCCAAGAAAUCCAAAGGCAAAAUCGCCGAUCGUGUGUACAAAGUUCUGGAGCAGAGACAAGUGCUCGGCAACUUAAUUCUAGACAAAGUGGCAAUCACAAAUGCGAUCUUGGAAGAUACACAGCUGGAUGGUGGAGAAUUUGGCACACAAACCGCCGUUGACAUGAUGCUCGCAUACUACGAGUCUGCACGUGGUACAUUUGCCGUGAAUGUCAUCAAUCUGGCCAUAGAACGAUGUCUUAUAUCUGGCAUUCCCAAGAUCUUCACUGCAACUCAAGUCUCACAGAUGCCGAAAGAACGGCUCGAUGAGUUGGCUGCAGAAACGGACGAUAUCAAAAAUCGAAGAGAGGUUCUCGACUCCGAUAUCAAGGUGCUAGAAAGCGCCUUCUCUCUAUGCCAGCGAUAUCGACCCAGAGCUAUGACGAGUAAAAAUAGCGCUUCUAUCAACGCCACCCGCUACAUCAUUAGCUUCUCGAUUGAAGUCCUCGCAUCCUGCGAAGGCGAAGGAAAGCGUCAUUAA